AUGGAAGGUGCCAAAAAACACAGAUUUAGUAUCAGCUCUCCCAUUAAUGACAUGUGUGUGACAGAUACUGGUGAUGUUUAUUUCACUGACUAUUUUAACAAGUCAAUCAGCUGUCUGUCACCGUCACGAUCUGUCUCUACAGUUAACAGUACAGAUCCACUGGAACCAUGGGGAAUCUGUCAGUCAGUGGACGGUGGACUACUGGUCACCUUGAGUAGCAAGGAAUCAGAUCCUUUCAAAUUACAGUUACACAGCAGACGUCUGGUGAGACACAUCACAGUGACUUGUGAUGUCAUCCAGGAGUAUGAGUACCAGGAGGACGAUCAGACCAGACUGUUUACAUAUCCAUACAGAAUCACACAGAACGGUUACAGUGAUAUCUGUCUUGUGAAUAGUACUAGUCUCACUACAGGUGAUCUAGUAAUUAUGUCUCCCUCUGUUCUAAUGAAGUUUGUGUACCUUGGACAGAAUCUGACAAAGAAAUUUAGUCCAACCGAUGUAGUGUGUGACUCCCUCUGUAACUUCCUUGUUACUGAUCUAUUGAACAAACAGAUCCAUCUCCUGAGUCCUGAGGGGAGUUCUUGA